GAAAUAUCCCCUCAAACACUCUCUCCCGUCUAAAAUAAAAAAAAGGUAGACUCAGUCUCCGGCGAGUUCGACUCGGAAACACUCUCCGAUCACUUCUCUCCUCUCUGAUCUUAUUUAUCUCUCUCUCCUUCGAUCUCUUUACCCGAACGCUGAUUCCUGAUUUGAUUUCAAUCGAGGAAAGAAGAAGAAAGAAGAAGAAGAAGAUGGCGUCAGAGCUGACAAACCGGCGUCACGAGGAGAUUGAACAACGAGAAGAAGCGGAGUCUUACUAUCCAAGACCGAUUAAGCCGUGGUUCGUAGCGAUUCGUCCGAUCCGUUACAUGCUCCGAGAACAGAGACUCGUCUUCGUUCUCGUCGGCAUCGCAAUCGCCACGUUAGCCUUCACACUCUUCUCCAAAUCAUCAUCAUCCCCAAUCCAACCCAUCCCUUACGAAAACGCCGAUCCUCUCGCCGGAUACGGAAUGCGAUCGUAUCAGCCAACAAUCGAGUACACGAGCCGGAUCGGAUUGGCGGGUGGCAAAAUCCCUCUAGGUCUAAAACGCAAAGUGCUAAGAGUCGUAGUAACCGGUGGAGCCGGUUUCGUCGGGUCUCACCUGGUUGACCGGUUAAUCGCAAGAGGAGAUAACGUGAUCGUCGUUGACAAUUUCUUCACAGGGAGGAAAGAGAACGUGAUGCACCAUUUCAGUAACCCCAAUUUCGAGCUUAUCCGUCACGACGUCGUAGAGCCGAUCCUCCUUGAGGUUGAUCAGAUCUAUCAUCUGGCGUGCCCUGCCUCACCUGUCCAUUACAAAUUCAAUCCGGUCAAGACUAUUAAGACUAAUGUCGUCGGUACGCUCAACAUGUUGGGUCUAGCCAAGCGAGUUGGUGCUAGAUUCUUACUCACCAGUACCAGUGAGGUCUACGGAGAUCCUCUUCAGCAUCCUCAGGUUGAGACUUACUGGGGCAACGUUAAUCCCAUCGGUGUUCGGAGUUGUUACGACGAAGGGAAACGUACGGCGGAGACUUUGACCAUGGAUUACCACAGAGGUGCUAAUGUUGAGGUUAGGAUUGCCCGUAUCUUCAAUACUUAUGGCCCAAGGAUGUGUAUCGAUGACGGUCGUGUGGUUAGCAACUUUGUUGCCCAGGCCUUAAGAAAAGAGCCAUUGACUGUUUAUGGUGACGGUAAGCAGACAAGGAGUUUCCAGUUUGUCUCUGAUCUGGUGGAGGGUCUGAUGAGGCUGAUGGAGGGAGAACAUGUCGGUCCAUUCAACCUUGGUAACCCUGGUGAAUUUACCAUGCUCGAGCUCGCUAAGGUGGUUCAAGAGACCAUUGACCCGAACGCAAAGAUAGAGUUUAGACCAAACACAGAGGACGACCCACACAAGAGAAAACCAGACAUCACAAAGGCCAAAGAGCUUCUUGGUUGGGAACCAAAGGUGGCUCUACGCCAAGGACUCCCACUUAUGGUCAAAGAUUUCCGUCAACGUGUCUUUGGCGACCAAAAGCAGGAUUCUUCCACCACCUCAUCAUCAACAGAGUAAUUUGUAGCCCGCUUUGCCUCUAGAAGACAGACGGGAGAGGAGAGCCUCGUUUCUUUUCGUUUUGUUUUUUGUUUUUAAUUUUGAUUUCCAUUUUGCCAUUCGCGGCAAUGUAGUGGAGAUUGGACCUCACACCAAUGUUAAACUUUAUUCUUUUUUUUUUUUUUA